GCUGCGCAAGGGUGACGGAGCGCGGGCGAAGGGGGGAGGGGGUGUUUUGGUUCUUGCCGCUCGCCGUCCUUUCCAGAGUCGGUCGUCUGAAAUCUGUUUUUUACCUUUCCUUCCCCCUUCCUAUUCCCCUUCCCAACCCCGAAUCUCCCUUCCUCCUUUCCUUCUGUCCGCCUCCCUUUUUUCUACUGCCGCCCCGGGUCUGGGCCAUUUUCCGGGCCGGGCGCACUACAGCGCGCGGCCCCGGGGCCCAGUAUAUGACCGGCUCUCCUGCUACCCCUCGCUUCCCCCGCCCCAUGUGGCUGCGGGGCCGCGGCGGCGCUGCCCACUAUGGCUCGGAAAGCAGUUAGCAGGAAGCGGAAAGCACCUGUCUCUCCAGGAGCUGGGAGCGACGCUCAGGGCCCGCAGUUUGGCUGGGAUCACUCGAUUCACAAGAGGAAAAGACUUCCCCCAGUGAAGAGAUCAUUGGUGUACUACCUGAAGAACCGGGAAGUCAGGCUACAGAAUGAAACCAACUACUCUAGAGUGUUGCAUGGAUAUGCAGCACAGCAACUUCCCAGUCUCCUGAAGGAGAGAGAGUUUCACCUUGGGACCCUCAAUAAAGUGUUUGCAUCUCAAUGGUUGAAUCAUAGGCAAGUGGUGUGUGGCACAAAAUGCAACACGCUAUUUGUAGUUGAUGUCCAGACAAGCCAAAUCACCAAGAUCCCUAUUUUGAAAGACCGAGAGCCUGGAGGUGUGACCCAGCAGGGCUGUGGUAUCCAUGCGAUUGAGCUGAAUCCCUCUAGAACACUGUUAGCCACUGGAGGAGACAACCCCAACAGUCUUGCCAUCUAUCGACUGCCUACACUAGAUCCUGUGUGUGUGGGAGAUGAUGGACACAAAGACUGGAUCUUUUCCAUUGCAUGGAUCAGUGAUACUAUGGCAGUGUCUGGCUCACGUGAUGGUUCUAUGGGACUCUGGGAGGUGACAGAUGAUGUGUUGACCAAAAGUGAUGCAAGGCACAAUAUGUCAAGGGUCCCCGUGUAUGCUCACAUCACUCACAAAGCCUUAAAGGACAUCCCCAAGGAAGACACAAACCCUGACAACUGCAAGGUCCGGGCUUUGGCCUUCAACAACAAGAACAAGGAAUUGGGAGCAGUAUCCCUGGAUGGCUACUUUCAUCUCUGGAAAGCUGAAAAUACAUUGUCUAAGCUCCUCUCUACCAAACUGCCAUAUUGCCGUGAGAAUGUGUGUCUGGCCUAUGGUAGUGAGUGGUCAGUGUAUGCAGUGGGCUCUCAAGCUCAUGUCUCCUUUUUGGAUCCACGACAACCAUCAUAUAACGUCAAGUCUGUCUGCUCCAGGGAGCGAGGCAGUGGGAUCCGAUCAGUGAGCUUCUAUGAACACAUAAUCACUGUGGGCACAGGGCAGGGCUCCCUGCUGUUCUAUGACAUCCGAGCUCAGAGAUUUCUGGAAGAGAGGCUUUCAGCUUGUUAUGGGUCCAAACCCAGGCUAGCAGGGGAAAAUCUGAAACUAACUACUGGCAAAGGCUGGCUGAAUCAUGAUGAAACCUGGAGGAAUUACUUUUCGGACAUUGAUUUCUUCCCCAAUGCUGUUUACACCCACUGCUACGACUCGUCCGGAACGAAACUCUUUGUGGCAGGAGGUCCCCUCCCUUCAGGGCUCCAUGGGAACUAUGCUGGGCUCUGGAGUUAAUGACAACUCUCUCCCAAAAUGCAGAUUUACACUAACUUCCACUUUCAGUUUCCUUGUUUCUUCUUUUGAUUUUUUUCCUCCCCCAAUUGUGUGAAGCUCUCCUAUUUUCAUGGGAAUACCAGUUUGCCCAUGGUUUAGGCACUUAAUAGGAAGAAGCUCUGUAUAGAAAUCAAAAGGUGUUUUUGUUUUGUUUUUUAUUUUCUUUGUUUUUUGGUAAUCAGAAUUUUACUAUCUUUUUUUCUCUUUCUCUAGCUUCUCAACCAAACAUUGUUGCAAAUCCCUA